GAAUUUUUGUCAGUAUUCCUGUUAAACCUCUCUAUCCCUUUCUUUGUUUUUUGGCCACCUGAUAAAAAUAAUGUUUAAUUUGAGAAAAUAUUUAAUAUCAAUUUAAAUACUAUCGAAUUUGAUGCGAGAAAUCGAAUCGAUUAACUCAAUCGAUUUUUAAUGGUCAAUCUCGCUACGUGAUUGGCUGGCUCUUUUACUUGCUUUGCUUUUUGGUCAGCACGUGGCUCACUCCAAGAAGCCGCCAAUGUAACAGCACGCUCACUCACUCUCUCGCCUUACGACUGUUUAAACCUGUUGAGAUUCGCUUACGUGUUUUUUUUUUUUUUUACAAAACUGUGUUUUUAUUAUUAAUAUACCAUGUAAUAUAAUUGUAAACGGUGCAAACAACUAUAAAAGUAAUUGUUCUGUGUUAUUGUAAGAAACACGAAAAUGACCAGUGAAGCAGUCUCAGUUGUAAAUCAUUAUUUGUUAUUUGCCGAUAAAAUAAUCCCCGAAUUCGGAGAUCUCCUCGCGGAUGAUGUGCAACUCGUGUGGUUCGAUGGAAGGACAAUCACGGGAAAGAUUCGAGUAGUUAAAUUUAUAAACAAAAUGAAACAGGAAUCCCAUUCGUUUCAAAAUAUUUUACCAAUCUCGGAUUUGACUUUUGAAAACUAUAUACAUGGGAUGUCAAAGAGAACGGAAGAGAACAGUAAUACUGUACUAUCUGCGAGCAACAAGAAUUCGCUGCACGAGAGUAAACCGUCGACGAGCGGUGAAAUGAAGAAUGUGAUAGAUGUUGAGCAAAACAGCGAUUCGAACGUCACAACGCUCGUGAGUGAGGAAGACUACGACAUAUGUGAAAUUGUUAAGGAACAAUGUCUGAGCGACGACGAAAGCGAAAGUGAGAAGAUCGACGCCGAGAUCAAGGAUCAAAGUUAUCAUCUCGACGACCAGCUUCUUCGUAAUCUCUUCGAGUACAAGAUUAUGUCGCAGGCGGUACAGAACACUAAUAGGGCAGAAUUGAAAGAGGAAAUGGCACCAUCAACCAGUACAGCCAUCACCAUAGAGUGCGGUCAAGGAGAUGGACCUGUUAUUGCUAACUCGAUGAAAUACGUGCAGGCGGUUGGUGUGAUGCGGUACUUGAAACAAUAUAUGUCGAAAGAUUCUCCAUUCGCGUAUCACUGGACAAAUUUGUGUGAACAAAAAUCCUGGAAGCGGAAGUGUACACUUCUGAUCGCAUAUUCGCCUUUAACCAACAGUAAGCAAUGCUCACGUACGCCGAAGACAGAAGAAAGUGAAUUUCCUAAUAAGAUAAUAGAAAUUCCACAAAGGAAAAUACCAAGUUUGGAUGAAGUGCUGGCAAAUUGGUAUUACUCGAUACCGAACACUCAUUUUGGCGGUUACUUAAAGCCUUUAAGAAGCUUUGACGAAACCCGAUUAAGCGAGGUGAAAGCUUUCGAGGCCCGUUUACAAUUGAAAAACUAUAUUAAAACAUUUAACUGGGAAGAUUUCAAGAACAAAAAACAUGACGUCCGUCCGCUUAACGUGCGUUACAUGGGGAACAAAUUCGGUGUCGAUGAUUCAGUUAGAGGACCAAUUAAUAUCAAUUUUCAGAUUCACAAACUUGUUUAUUGUAAGUACAGUAAGGUCGAAGAGUAAAUCUAUUACACAGAAAGUAACAGACGCAGGACGAAUAAUUUAUUUACAACAACAGACGUACGCUCUGUCAUGUUGAGUAAAAGUUUUUAAAUAAUUUUUUUAUAAAGUAUUCUUUUAAAUUAUUCUUAUUUUCACCGUAAAACGAUAUCGAUUAAUUUUUUGAGAUAUGAUAUUAGCGUUAAUAAUAAUUAGUAGUAGCGUACGAUUUGCGUGUAGACUUACGGGAUGAUCUUGGUUUACAUUGAUAACCGCGCGGUUGUGUUAACAAUGAGAAGACACACCGCUACAGUUUAACUCUCCCUCUUGUGUUUAAGUAGAAAAUAUUGAUUUUGUCACACGCACUGUGCGGCGGGAUUUGUCGUUCGAUAAACAACUGAUUUUUCUAAAUGAUAUGUUCAACGUCACGUUAGGACGCAAUUAAAAUAUAAGUAAUAAUUUUUUUUUAAUGAGAUAUUGUAUUCAAUUAAAAUAUAUUACCAGAAUUUUAUUCAAAAUGUUUUAGCUACGAAAUAAUAAGUUGGUGUUUGCAGUGAAUAAGCGUGAUUUUUUUUAUUUCUACCUUACGACUGAUUUGUUUCCUCGAGAGAUUAUUAUUUCUAAAUAAUAUACAAACGCGACAAUCA